AAUCCCAAUAUAUAAACACAGAUAUUUUAUAAUUUGGCUGUGCAGCAAAGAAAGAGCGAUGGGACCAUCGGAGGGCCGCCGAUUCUCCGCCGCGAAACUCAUAAACGCCGGAAAAUUCGCCGUUGAAUCCGCCUUAAGCCAAGUGGGUUUGCAGCUAUAUGAUAUUGUUAAGGGACAGCCGAAGAAGAAUCUUGUGAUGGUGGAAGAGAUGAAUGACCGGCGGCAGCAAAGUAGAGCUCCGGCAUUUAGAAACGAGGAUGAGGAAGAGCAUCUUAAACGCUUAUUUGAUGAGCCUCUGGAGAAGGCUUCUCCAGAGCCGCCUAAGACGCAAUAUAAGAGGAAGAUUUUUAUUCGUUCCCGUCUAUAGAUAGCUUUUUGUGAGAACUAUAAGAACUCUACACAAACAUGUAUUAAAAUGAAACGCCAAGUUUACAGAUAGCUUAUUGUGAGAACUGUGAGAACUUUGCAGGAA